AUGGAUUUCACACCGAUUGUAAUUAGUAAGGGCUGUGAGGAUGAUGUCGAGGAAGGGGAGAUUCUAGAUGAAGAGGGACCCGCCAAUGAUCUGGGCAGUCUCAUUGAGUCUUCUGUUUCUGUGCCAGAUGAUGUUCAAGAAGCUGGUGUGUCCCGGAUUCGGACUGCGAAUUCUGGUCCUGCCAAAGCUAACUCGGACUUUGAUGCUGUAGUUGGUAAUAUUGCCAAGACAUCAUUAACAGCUAGUGAGCUACCUACUAUGUUCGAAAUUUUAGACUCAGAGAGGCCUCCUGCUUCAGCAGGGCUUGGCGACGGUAGCCCGAAGGAGCGUUAG